ACUCGCAGAGCUUGGCGCAAGUUGGUGAAAAAACAACAAAGACAUCGUCGACGCCAGAAACAAGCGCGCCAGCGAGAAAAAGACGAGGCGAUAGAAAAGAAAGCGCGAGAGUCAGAUCCCGAAUAUCAAGCGUGGCUUAAGCAGCAGGUGGAGCUCGAAGAAUUUCAGCGCCUAGCUAGCGAGCGCUUGCGUCAGGAUGAAGAAGAAGCAUGGUUGCGCCGCGAAGCAUUGGCACAGCAUCAGUUCCAGAUUGAUGCAGCCAAGCGUGCACAGCAAGAAGCGGAAUUGGAUCGCUUACGUGCACAGCAAGCUGAGGCAUUUGCUGCUCAGCAGAAGGAACAGCGCAAACGGCGCGAAGAGAGUAAAAGACUGGCGGAUGCGGCAGCAGCCGAGUUCGAGGCUAUGCUACACCGCAUGCAUGAAUAUAUGGAGGACACAGAGGAGCGCAGUCCACCAGACGAGCUGCGACGUCUGGUCGAAACGCAUCCCGAGGAGCGACUUUGCGAAUUCUACACGCGCACCAAUUGCUGCCGUUAUGGUCACAGUUGCACCUUCAAUCACAGACGUCCCAUGCUGGCGAAGAUCCUAUUGAUUCGUCACUUCUUUACGCAUCCACUGCUGCAGGUCAACGUGGCGCACAAGGAGUACGCCGGUGCUGAUGAGCAUUUGGAGCUGACACAGCACGACUUACGCGCCGACUAUGAUGAGUUCUUCAAGGAUGCGACCGGCGAGCUGGAAAAAUUUGGCAAAAUUGUCAAUUUUCGUGCGGUGUGCAAUACAUUACCCCAUUUGCGAGGUCACGUUUUUGUGGAGUACGCGCACGAGCGAUUUGCGCUGCGCGCCUUCAUCAAUUUGCAGGGUCGUUAUUAUGCAGCCAGGCGCCUGAAUGUGGAGUUCUCCAAUCUAAAAGCAUGGCGUGGUGCCGUUUGCGGUUUGUCCUUAACACGCAAAUGUCCCAAAGGCUACAGCUGUGGCUAUCUCCAUUUGUUUCGCAAUCCAAACAAUUUGUUUAACAGCAGUUUGGAGCUCUACGAAACGCCAAGAAGUGCGCGCUCUGUCAGUAGAACGCCUAAAUCCAGGCAAAUCAGCUGGAAUGACAAUGAGACGCAGUCUCGCAACUGGCGCUGGUCAGAGAGUCCCGAGCUCGAAUUAAAGAACUGCAAAUCUUCGAGCAGUAGCAGCCAAAGGCGUCAUAGCAAUGAGCGUGACACUAGAUCUAGGCAAGAGCAUAGCCGUAAACAUUACCAUGUCCAUUCCAGUCGAGAAUCUGGACAACAUAAGAGUCGCAGUCGUUCUGCGUCCGAUUCUAGGCGGGAUUAUAGUCGCUCCCGAACACCAACACGUCGGCGUGUCAAAUAAACCAAAGUAUUUAAAUGA